AUGGAUAGCACGUGUGAGGAGGGGCCAGCGAACGUUGGGAGCGACGAGGAGGACUCUGACUCCACUGAAGCCCCAGCCCGGAUCCGGGACACACCGGAAGACAUUGUGCUGGAAGCACCGGCCAGUGGGCUGGCGUUCCACCCAACCCGCGACCUGCUGGCGGCGGGGGACGUGGAUGGGGAUGUGUUCGUCUUUUCCUAUUCUUGCAAAGAGGGAGAAACUAAGGAACUCUGGUCCUCAGGUCACCACCUCAAGGCUUGCCGAGCUGUGGUCUUUUCUGAAGAUGGGCAGAAACUUGUUACUGUUUCCAAGGAUAAAGCCAUCCAUGUGCUAGAUGUGGAGCAGGGCCGAUUAGAAAGACGUAUUUCCAAGGCUCAUAGUGCCCCCAUCAAUAGUCUGCUGCUGGUGGAUGAGAAUGUUCUGGCUACUGGGGAUGACACAGGUGGUGUCCGGCUCUGGGACCAGCGGAAGGAGGGUCCCUUAAUGGACAUGCGGCAGCAUGAGGAAUACAUAGCAGACAUGGCUCUGGAUCCAGCCAAGAAGCUGCUGCUGACAGCCAGUGGUGAUGGCUGCCUUGGUGUCUUCAACAUCAAAAGACGCCGGUUUGAGCUACUCUCAGAGCCUCAGUCUGGGGACCUGACCUCUGUCACCCUCAUGAAAUGUGGGAAAAAGGUGGCCUGUGGAUCUAGUGAAGGUACCAUCUACCUCUUUAACUGGAAUGGUUUUGGGGCCACAAGUGACCGAUUUGCCCUGAGAGCUGAGUCUAUUGACUGCAUGGUUCCAGUCACUGAGAGUCUGCUGUGCACUGGGUCCACCGAUGGAAUCAUCAGGGCUGUGAAUAUCUUGCCGAACCGAGUAGUGGGCAUUGUAGGCCAGCAUCCUGCAGAGCCUGUGGAGGAGCUGGCUCUUUCCCACUGUGGCCUCUUCCUGGCCAGUAGUGGCCAUGACCAGCACCUCAAGUUUUGGGACAUGGCCCAGCUCCGAACUGUGGUGGUAGAUGACUACCGUCGACGCAAGAAAAAAGGAGGGCCACUGCGUUCCCUGAGCAACAAGGCCUGGAGCACUGAUGACUUCUUUGCAGGGCUGAGGGAAGGAGAGGAUUCUAAGGCUACAGAAGAGGCGGAGGAGAGUGAGGAUGACAGUGACUGAAGGGAUGAGCAGGAUCUGUUGGGUCAGAAAUUCUCAUUGAGCAUGAGCCUUGCUUCCUAAAAUGAAUUCCUAAAGAGGAUAGGAAAUUUUUUAACAUGCUCAUGAGCUGUACUCGACCCCAAGAUAUGACUGUAUAACAACACUUGUGUAAGAAGUUGCACAGAGGAUCAGAACUCUAAUGAAGAGGGGAAGAAUGUGCCCUGGAGUAGCUGCUCAAUCUGCCAGUGUAAGACAAACCCUGAGUGUGUGAUAAGACAGCACAGACAUGUGUAUACUAACUAGGAGUUUAAUAUAAAUACAACCAGCAUAGAAAAACUCAAAA